UGGCACCCCGUAGUUGUGUCUCUGUCUGUCAUGACAAGCCAGUCACGAACAAGUCACCGUCAGCGACAAGGCUUCAGUAGACGCGAGAACAUUUUCAGAUCCCCUCUCUUCCUCUCCAGCUCAGAACAUUUCAGACAGGCGUUCGGCCCGACUGUGCAGAAAGGGGCUUAUCAUAGAGUGCAUGGAUUAAGGAUCGAUAUGCUGUAGGAACAUCCGACGCGGAGGGCGAAGGUAAUAGAGCUAUCCCACGGCGGGUUCACCGCGAGCGACCGCCGCUAUGCCUCCAACACGUCUUCCCCUGAAGGCGUUACAUCGGGGGUAAUUGGAAUGAUUGAAGAGGCCAUUGGUGUACGGGAAUCCUAAUAGGAUUCAGCCGUGCUGUUCACACGCAUUUCCUAUCCAGGCAAUUCCACGGGCUGUGGAUCUCUGGUGCUCCGCUGGUCACUACAAGCACGAGGAGACUUGAUCUUUGGCCAGCCGUGGUCUCACUCCGGCCUGGAGUAGCGACAACCUCCCACAGACACUUCACUCGAGCCGGACUCCACCGUCUUACCUAGUCCAUCAUGUUUGUAAUGCCGGCUUUUUCCGCAGCUACUGUAUUGGGUUUCCUCGCAGGGAUGACUCUUGCGCAGAGCGACAUCGGCCUCACCCUCCCAGAGCAGGUCAACACCGUACUGGGGGAUCCCGUGACGCUAGCUGCAAGCUACAGCACCAACCGCCAGGUGGAGCUACUUUCGUGGUACAAGAUCGACAGUAACGACCCCUCAAAAAGGGUACUGGUUUUGUCCUACUCCCCCAUGAGAGGAUUGAGGACGUAUCAUAACUUUGUAGAUCGGGUGGAGCUUGCCGGUCCAGCGUCGCUUAAGAUUUUACAGACCCGAGCCGAGGACGAGGGAAAGUACGUCUUGUCGCUGUUGGUGGAGGAAGUCGGAAGCGUCGACGGAUUCGUCACUUUACACAUUCUAGUACCCCCAGUUGUUGAAGUGGGACCGUCCAAUCCCUACGUCAUCGGCCUGGGAAAAGCCGCUCUCCUGACGUGUACAGUGAUGAAUGCCAAGCCAAACAUCUCUUCCCUCCACUGGAAAAAGGACGGCACCAUUGUAGACAGUAACCUGAUGAACACCAAGUUCAGCGGGGGGACCAUGGCGUCGCCAUCUUUGAUGAUACGUCACGUGACCCGAACUGACGCGGGCUUGUACACAUGCGUGGCUGAUCACGUGGUCAAACAAGAGAGAAGCAGUCUGAGAUUAUCAGUUUUAUACCCUUCGGCCAUCAUCAGUAUGUCCGACUCGGUGACGUCAUCGCUGUCAGACCGAGUCACUCUCCAGUGCGUGGCAGACGGUAACCCUCCGCCCAACAUCACGUGGACCAAGAACGGGCUGAAGCUGAAGUCCCGGACCCACUCCCUGUCCUCCAGCGUGCGGGCCAGCUCCAUCGUCCUCCCGAAGGUCAUGAAGAACGACAGCGGUACCUACCUGUGCGUGGCAACCAACGGCGUGGGUGAGCACGACAAGAAGACGCUAGAACUAACGAUCAAACCGUCUGCUCUGAUGGCCACACUUAGCUGGAACACGAUAGCUGUAAUUAUAGGCGCCACCGCUGGGGGUCUGUGGGUGGUGGUGUGUGUGGGGAUCACCAUGUACUUCAUCAAGAGGCGGCGGGAGAAGAGAGACAAGGAGAAGUACGCCUUCUACUACAAGAUGGGGCGGAAACAGGGCACGGACGAGAUGGACAUCAAAGAUGGACAAACUAAUGAUGGCCCCCCAGGGAAGCCACCAAAACCGCCGACCGACCCCUAUGCGGGAAUCAAUACAAUCAGGAGACAGGCGGCAAAGAAAGGGAGAAACGCAGACAGAAGAUACGCCAAGGUGCUUUACCCCUAUCGGCCCACGGAAGACAACGAGUUGUGCCUGGAAGUGGAUGACGUCAUCGAGGUGCUGGAGGGGGAAGAUGGCGGCUGGUGCCUGGGUUACCUGAGGGGCAGGAUAGGCCUGUUCCCCUCCAACUACGCCACCUUCCUCACAGCCAGCGAAGAUGCAUGAACAUCCCAACGCGCUGAUCAUCGGAAUCUGUUCCCUUAAAGAGCAGCGUCCACCAUGAAGUUGGAAAUGAUCUACCAGAGCAUGGAUGACAUCGUCUCGUCUCCCGCCAAAUGCAGCAUGUGAACCGAAUGAAUUGACAUUUACCCCGGGACCUGCCGGCGGUUGGAUGUCGUUCCGUGCCAGUUGAACCAAAUCCAGACCCAAAACGCCCGGAACACAGCUCAUACUUCAUGUCCUGCACAACUCGACUUGUCUACAAUACGUCGGCGUCAGGAGUUUUUGGACCCAUUCUGCCGCAGGGAAUGUCCUUAAUAUAUUUGAUUGAUGAAAAGACUGACCGAUUUCUUCAAUGUAUCAUAAUGAUUGGUUUUAAUUGAAAAACAAUCAAUUAUGAACAGGGCAAAAGGACUGUUGGAUCAAUAUGGUUCGCUCUGACACAUGUGCACGGUGAAGAUUGCCAAUAGAUCUUUGUCUCUUACACGGAUCCCACCUUUAAGGCAACAUUCUGAGACUUGACCUAUCACUUGCUGUGCCAGGGGAGUAGCAGACUAGUAAGACGCAGACGAGUAAAGAUUUCUUGCCGCCGGAGCUCAUUGAAAUGAGGUCCUCUCCUCCCCGUCUCUGAUGUAGUAUGAUAGCACCUGUAGGUUAUCCUGGCCAUAUCAACAGAAGUGUGCGCAGAUAGACUUCGGGGAUCUUCUCUAUUGACAAGAUGGAGGGCUGAACCAAUUUUUGGUGACAAACUUGAGAAAUCGAGUUGGCCGCGGUCUUGAUCACCUCUUCCCGUCAACGAUGUUCGUGAGGAAAUCCUCUAUCCGGAGCACAUUAAGAGAUUCCGACGCCGAGAUAAAAGUUUCAGGCAGAAGGAUCCUCUUUGAUAUCAGGCAAAAGUUUGCAGCCAUCGUCGAUCACGAUUAACCCACGACUUUGUUACGACAGCAUCAAAGGAGUCAAUGUCGUACGCUAUCAAAGGAAGGUCGUACACUCUGUUCUGCUGAAUACCCGUUUUUCAAUCCGCGUGAUGAAAGACUGGAAUUAACAGCGGCAUCAUCUGGUAUAGCGUAUUCAUCUGGGGGAGUAAAUCGAGCCACAAGGGCCAAGUGACAAACGAAGUGUAAGCCGUGGAAGAGACACAUCGCCUAGAGAGGAAGUACCGGGUGGCUUAUGUACGACAUGAUAAGCGAUAUGCCUUGAAGGACCUUCACGGUCAUUUUCUGACGAUGACUUGGUUGAUGUGAUCCAUAGGAAUUUACAUUUGACACUGGGGAGGGGUCCAUGUCUGCCGAUCUCUUUCCGUACGAGUAAAUCAAUAAAUGUCAGGUGUAAAGAUUUGCGACAUGUAUAUGAAGAUUACGUGUGUUAACUCAUUACGCAGUUCGUUGUACGGUGCUGUAAUCAAAGACAGUAUAGAUCGCUGUACAUUUGCGCGUUUAAUAGAUUGUGUAAGAUAAGUCUUCCUGGCAUUAGAUGUCACACGUGUUGAGGACGCCUACCAUCCAGAAUGUUAAGAUAUUAAAUAUUGUGCAGAAAAGCGAGUCGAUUGACCUCCUCAAAUUAA